CGCGACUAAAAAUGUUGGCCGACAAAGUUCGUCUCUCGGCUUCGCUCAUUUUCUCCAUCUUCAUCACUGUUUCCUUCUCUAACCCAGACGUUACAGUCUUGCUUUCCUUCAGAGACUCGUCCGACCCGCAGAACUCGCUCGCCUCUUGGCUCAACUCGUCGGACCCCUGCUCCGGUUCGUGGCUCGGCGUCGCCUGCGACCGAGAGACCCGUCGAGUCACGCGACUCGUCCUCGAGAAUCUCAACCUCACCGGGUCUGCUCGGCCGCUGAGUCAACUCGUUCACCUGAGACACCUUAGCCUCAAGCACAACCGCCUUGGCAAUAGCCACUCUUUAGACCUUUCCUCGUGGCCAAACCUCAAGCACCUUUACCUCUCACACAACCACUUUGCAGGAGAAUUCCCCGCCGGAAUCUCCCGCCUCCGCCGUCUCCAGCGGCUUGACCUGUCGUAUAAUGGCUUCUCCCGGAAGAUUCCGAUGGCCGAGUUAGCUCAGUUGCCUCGACUGUUAACCGUCAGACUUGAGUCGAACUCGUUUGACGGAGAACUAGGCGCGGUGAAUUACUCAUAUAGUUACUCUAUUGUCGAUUUUAACGUCUCGGGAAACAAUCUCUCCGGCGAGAUACCGGCAUGGCUGUCGCAUUUCGACGCGACGUCGUUUGGCGGCAACAAGCGCCUCUGCGGAAAGCCUCUACUCUACGAUUGCUCAAAUCGGACGGACCACAACGAGGCCGAGAAAUCCGAUAAAAAGGACAAAGUAUUGAACCGUUCAGUCGUGCUUACGACGCUUAUUUGCGUGGCCGUGGCGGCGGUUUUGGCAGCAAUCGGAGUGACAGUCGCGUGCUGUCGCCGCAAAAGAAACACGUGCGUAUCACGUGAUGACCACUUCAAUAGAAGGCAGCGUGGGCCCCAUGGGGUAUACGGUGGGCCCAAGUGGGGAGGUGAAAGCAUGGUUGUGUUUGACGGCUGUAAGAAGGGAAUUGGAGUGAGUGAUCUGUUGAGAGCUUCGGCCGAGAUGCUUGGAAAUGGAAGUGUGGGGACCACUUAUAAAGUGGUGAUGGACGGCGGAGAUAAAGUUGUGGUGAAGAGGGUGAGGGAGGGGAGAGUAGGGAAGGAGGCCGAUUGGUGGUUGAGGGAAAUAAUUGGAAGGCUGAGACACACUAACAUUGUGAGCCUCAGAGCUUACCACCGUUCACAAAAUCAUGAUCAUGAUGAUCAGCUUCUGCUCUUAGUCUAUGAUUUUCUCCCCAACGGAAGCCUCCAUCAUCUCUUGCAUGGCAAUAGGGGACCGGGAAGAACCCCAUUGGAUUGGUCUACAAGGCUGAAACUGGCUUCAGAUUCAGCAAGAGGCCUUGCUUCUCUCCACGAUCAAUAUCACAACAAAGUCAAGCUCUUCCACGGACAUGUCACUUCAUCAAACAUCAUAGUUGAUCACUUGGGCAAUGCUUGCCUUUCGGACGUUGGCCUACACCAACUCUUGCGCGUUCCGCUGUCGCCGCUCAGCGCCUACACAGCUCCUGAACUAGUAACGCUCAGCAGCAACCAUAGUACUAGUCCGAGAAAGUUUACUCACAAGUGCGACGUAUAUAGCUUUGGGGUGGUUUUGCUUGAGAUCUUGACGGGGAAGAUGGCGAGUACCGAAGAAGAGACGAGUUUGGUGAAUUGGGUUCGGAGCGUGGCUAGAGAAGAUCAGUGGACGUGGGACGCGUUGGACGUUGAGCUGUUGAGACACAAAGAAACGGAGGAGCAGAUUAUGGCUCUUGUGCAAGUGGCUCUGCUUUGUUUGGCUUUUUCGCCGAAAGAUCGCCCAACGAUGAGCGUGGUGCAUGGGAUGAUUGAGGAUAUCAGAACAAAGGGUGUCAGAGAAAGCCAAGAGAGAAAUGUUAUGGAUGAUCUGAUCACAUCGGCUGCUUCAUCAUCGCCUUCUUCGUCCCAAUGCACUCCCAAAUUCGGUAGCUGCGCCUAAAAACGACGUCAAUGGUGUGGGGUUGAAGAAAGGGGGUUAGGCAUACUUGGCAGAUAUUGGUCCCCAAUGAGAGAGAGGUCACAAUUGAAUGCUUUCCUGGGACAAAUUAGUAGUGCGAAAAACAAUAGAUAGACGGGCCAAAAAAUAGUUGGAAUCUAGAUUUGUAGUGCUUUAUGUGGCGAUGAUGGACCUCGGAAUCUAGAUUUUCCAUUGUAAUAUUGAUUGAGAGUAGAUUUUUGGGUAUUUUUUAGGGGAUAUCAUUUACUUUAUUAGGACC